CAGACCUUCAUGUGCUUUUAACGGACCUUCUUGUGCUGACGGGAACAAAAAUGGCGCUCACCAAAAUGGCAAGGAGCAAUCAGUUUCUGCUUCCUCCCCACAAUUACAAAUUAUGCUUCUCCACCAUCCCUUGGUACAAGCCUCCUCCUCCUCCUCCUCCUCCUCGCCGCCGUGAACAUGACAAAGAGGAACCGUUACUCUCCCUCCUCUCCGACGCCAUCACCACCAGCAACACAAACCCUCUCCCUCUCAGGAAGCUCCUCCCUUCCCUCACCGCCCGUGACGUCAUCAACCUCAUCAACCUCAACCCCGACUCCCUCCCUUCCCACUCUCUCCUCUCCUUCUUCCACUGGCUCUCUUCCCGCCCCACCUUUCGCCACACCCUCCAAUCCUACCUCACCAUGGCCCACUUCCUCUCCUCCCACCAAAUGUUCCCCCAAGCCCUCUCCCUCCUACGACUCGUCGUUUCCCGCAAGGGCAAGGGCUCCGCCGCCUCCGUCUUCGCUUCCCUUCUCCAAACCAGAGGUACCCAUCUCCACUCCGAUUACGUCUUUCAUGCUUUGAUCAAUUCCUACACGGAUUCUGGGUUCCUGGGGGAUGCCGUGCAGUGCUUUAGGUUGCUUAGGAAGCACGGUUUUCGGAUACCCUUUCAGGCUUGUGGUCAUUUGCUUGAUAAAAUGUUCAUGUUCAACACCCCUGUUGUCGCUUGGGGCUUUCUUUUGGAGAUUUUGGAUUCUGGGUUUCCACCCAAUGUGUAUAAUUUCAAUGUUUUGAUGCAUAAAAUGUGCAAGCAAGGUCAUAUCAGAGAGGCCCAGGCGGUGUUCGAUGAAAUUGAGAACAGGGGUUUGAACCCAACUGUAGUUAGUUUUAAUACCUUGAUUAAUGGCUAUUGUAAAUCUGGCAAUCUGGAGGAGGGUUUUAAGUUGAAGGCGGAUAUGGAGGGGAGAACAAUGUGUCCUGAUUUGUUUACUUACAGUGUUUUAAUAAAUGGGUUGUGUAAGGAAGGCAGGUUGGAUGAUGCGUAUGGGUUGUUUGAUGAAAUGUGUGUCAAGGGUUUGGUUCCGAAUGACGUCAUAUUCACGACUUUGAUUGAUGGGCAGUGUAAGAAUGAGAAUCUUGAUCUGGCGCUGGAAAUGUAUCAGAAAAUGUUAGGGAGAGGUAUCAAACCAGAUAUAGUUACAUACAAUACACUGAUAAAUGGCCUUUGCAAGGUUGGAGAUAUGAAAGAAGCUAGGAAGCUUGUCGAAGAGAUGAAUAUGAGAGGUUUCAAGCCUGACAAGAUUACUUAUACUACACUUAUUGAUGGAUGCUGCAAAGAAGGAGAUUUAGAAUCGGCCAUAGAGAUAAGGAAGGAGAUGAUUAAAGAAGAGAUUGCACUCGACAAUGUAGCUUUCACAGCCCUUAUUUCAGGCUUUUGCAGAGAGGGAAGAAUCAUUGAGGCAGAAAAAAUGUUGAGGGAGAUGUUAAAGGCCGGCAUGAAGCCUGAUGAUGCCACUUAUACAAUGCUCAUUGAUGGUUUUUGCAAAAGGGGUGAUGUUAAUAUUGGUUUUAAGUUGCUCAAGGACAUGCAGGGUGAUGGUCAUGUACCAAGUGUUGUGACCUAUAAUGUGCUUAUGAAUGGAUUAUGCAAGCAAGGACAGAUGAAAAAUGCUAAUAUGCUGUUGAAUGCUAUGAUUAACGUGGGGGUGGUGCCAGAUGAUAUUACAUACAACACUCUAUUAGAAGGACAUUGCAAGCAUGGAAACCCAGAUGACUUUGAGAAACUAUGGAGUGAGAAAGGACUUGUUCUUGAUUAUGCUUCGUAUAAUUCUCUAGUCAGUGAAUUAAAUAAGUCUUUAAAAAAGCGUUCGAAGAGAUGAUUGCAUCAAGUUGUUAGAAGUUAGCAAUUUGCUCAAAUAAAAGGGAGUUCAUUUGCUGACCGGAAAGUUUGGUUCAUCAAUGACUUAGAAUCACCAAAGAAACAAGUGACUAGAGAGAAGUCAUUCAUCACUUAGCACUUUCCCUUCCCCAGAGGAGCAGGCCACUCGAAUAUUCAAAAGCCAUUGGUAAUAUGAGCAUCAUGUUCUUUUUCUAUUGAAGUUGAUUUAUCAUGAUAGAUCAAGUAAAGUAGAAUAUAAGGGGCUCUAGCAUCAAGUCUCAAAAAGGAUGUUGCAAUGGUGCUGGCUAGAGGUGCCAAUAAGUGAUUCCUUGAUCAUUUAUCUAGUCCGAUUUCGGACCCUCUGAGCAGUCUGAUAUGGGAAGCAAGCACAUUGACUUUGCAUGGAUUUGAUUGAACCCUGUGCUGUACAAAUAAUCAGAUUAUGGAACCUUGUACCUGUGCUGCGCUUUUGUUCAGUUGAAGCUGUCGACCUCAUAGUGCAUUAGUCCCCAGAAAAUUGUGUUACUUAUAUAUAUGUCAAGUUCUGCCCUCGAGUUGCAUACAUAGAGAAAAAAAAGCAGAUAAGCCUCCAUCACGUUUAGUCAAAUGCAAAUCGAUCUAUUUUGCUCUUUCUCUCACCAGUCGCAGUGAACCCUCUCGAAUCAACAAAUUCUCUCGCUCUCCUCGCACACAAAUCCAAAACCAAAGAACCCAAUCCAAAUCGCUCUUGCUCAAAAUCUCAGACUUGCUGCCGGUCGGUUUAUUGUUUUGAGCACCAAUUUUACAUGUAUAGUUGAUAAAUGCUACAUUGAAAAUACAGUCAUGGCAUCAGAUAUUCCAAAAAGAAAAGCGAAAAGAUCUUUGCAAGCUAAUUGUGUGGAAAAUGAUGAUCAUCAAGAACAACAUCAGAUCAAAUCAAGGAGGUGGAAGCAAGUAUGUCAACCGACAAUGGUAGGAGGAGGUCGGAGUGCACAAACCAGCAAUAAAAGUCUGAACAUGUUGGAACAUCUUGAUAAAUGAAUUAGAAGGAAUCAACUCAAUCCAACUGUUAUUCUCGACCAAACUUUGUUUGCUCAUGGAAGUUCAAAUGAAGAUGGUACAAGUAUAAUCGGAGUGUCGUGGCAUUUAACAAGCAAUAAUUCUACUCAACUUGCAGAAAUAGAUGAAAUGAGAGGAGAGAAGAGAUACAAGUGAUGCUGUGGCAAAGUGGCUAACACAGUUUCUAAGGUGAGUCUUCUAGAACUAAAACCAGGUAUAUAGUGAUCAUUGAUGUUGCAAGAUCUAUAUCAUAUUUUGCAUUUAUUCCACUCUCCAGUACCAAAAAAUAGAUUUCCAUCAUCAUUUCUUAUGUGAUGUCAUUAGAAUUUGCCUCUUGAUAUAUGUCAAUCUACUUGCUAAAACAGUGUAAUUUCUGCAUUAAGCGAUUUUAUUUUUCAAUAUCCUCAAAGCUAAUUUGACAUAUUGAAUAUCCUCAUGUGUCUCUGAAAUUCAUUUACUUGACUCUUAGGGCAGCUGCUACAACAUUUCUAUUCGUUUACGUUAGCAUUCCCUACUCCCUGCAACACUUGAUGUUGUCAUAGAAUGCUAUGAUAGAAUGUUAUUGUAAACUGCAAUAAUGUAAACCAAACAAUUUUAUAGAGAAGACAUUUUGUCUCUUCUUUUAUCAUUGUGAUCAAGAAUCAAGUCUUUUCAUUCAUAUCUAUCAUUAUUGUAAAUUAUUGACAACAAAAAACCCCGCGGCAAGGCGCGGGCACCAUUGCUAUCUAGCUUCUUCAAUUAGUUUGGAUUGGGGGUGCCUGUAUGGGAAUUCAGUUGUAUCUAAGCAGACCAUUCUACUUGGUGUGGAGAUAGUGCAGUAGCUUCUCAUUUCUUUCUACAACUGCAGCAGUUGGAUGUUCACUGAUACACAGAUUUAGAAACUUGACAUAGGGGCCAAACUAUAAUCUUCAUCAAUAUUCAAUCAGAUUGGUGGAACUUAGGAAUAAGGUCUAUAUCGAUUGAGAAGAGAUCACAUUGGAAGUUUCAGGCUUUGUUUCUGUUUCUUAGUAUUGAAUGCAAUUUUACGAUGUUUCAUUGA